AUGGUCUAGAAUAUUUAUUUCCUCCCGAAAAUUAUUGAUAGGUGCUUAAUUGUUUUUGGCAGUAUUUAAUAAAAUUCAGUUUCCUAAAAGCAGGGCUAUUCAAGACUUACCUCAAGUAUUCUAGAUAUUGUGCACAGUAGUAAACAGUUCAGGGAGCUGCGUAAAUACAUUCUCUGGCUGUUAAUUUUGGAUCUUUAAAGUGGUGAUAAUCCAGCUCCAAUUUGGCAAUGCCUAAUUCUAUAUAAACUUUCUCUUGUUUGCCCAUUUUGA